AUGGCAGAUAAACUUGCAGCACAAGACUCUCGAGUCCAAUAUAAGUCCGCCGAUGUAAAUGGUCGAACUUACUCCUAUAUCCUUGCCGAACCUCAAAAUGGCGCCGAACCUGUCGCGACAAUCUUCCUUAUUCACGGAUUCCCUGAUAUGGCAUUUGGCUGGAGAUACCAAAUUCCCGCGCUCCAAGCUCUGAACUUCCGCGUCGUAGUCCCAAAUAUGCAAGGCUACUCCUCCUCUUCCUCCCCCCAAGAGCUCAGUGCCUUCACCUACAAAACCGCCGCCGACGAUGUCGCUGCUCUCGCCAAAGUCAUCGGAGCCACGUCUAUCAUCCUCGGAGGCCACGAUUGGGGUGGAGCCAUCGUCUAUCGAAUUUCCAUAUACUACCCCCAACUUAUUACCGCCGUCUUCAGCAUCUGCACGCCAUUUUUCCCACCCCAACCGAAAUAUACUCCCAUGACUGUCCUACCCAAUUUUAAAUACCAGUUGCAGUUGCAAGGACCGGAUGUUGAGAGGGAAAUUGUCGGGGUGGAGAAGUUGAGAUUGAUGUUGAAUGCAACAUAUGGUGGCCAGGGACCUAACAAGGAAAUUGGGUUUACGGUCGCUGACGGAGUGCUCUUCGACAACCUUGAGAAACUUGGCCCCUCACCACUGAUUAGCAAGGAAGAUCUCGAUUACUAUGCCGAGCAAUAUGCUAUCCAUGGCAUCCGCGGCCCCUUAAAUUGGUACCGAACCGGCGAGUUAAAUUUUGAAGAUGAGAAGGAAAUGGCGGAAUUAUUUCAUGCCGAGAAUGGAUAUAAAAUUGAGAUUCCUACCAUGUUUAUUGCGGGGACAAGGGAUGCGGCAUUACCACCUGUGAUGAGCGAGGGCAUGGCGAAGUGGUUUGGGGAGGGGAAGUUGAGGAAAGAAGAGGUCGAUUCGAGUCAUUGGGCUUUGUGGGAGAAAUCGGAGGAGGUUAAUAGUCAUAUUAAGGAUUUCUUGUUGAAGAUUGUUGGUGGACAAUCUCAUCUUUAG